CUACAGCGCAAAUACAGCGAGACCUAAAAAUAGAUAAGGAAAAUCAAUCGUCUGGAAGAGGAUAGUGGAAGCGAUUACCCUUAAUGAGGACACUUUUGAAAUCGUUAAAAAUAGACCUGUAAAAAGAUUAAAACGCAAUUUGAUAAAAAGACGCAAAACUACGAGAUCAACGAAAGUAACAGCGGUUACAACGAAAUUAGAGUAACGCGACAAGAAGAUCUUGAGGCCACCGUUAAGAUAAAUAAAAAUGGCGGCGGCUUCGUAAGAAGCAAAAUAAAAAGAAGGUAAGGCCCAUUGUGAUUGCAAAACACGAUGAGCCGUUUGAGAUGAAUUGAAGUGGAUCAUUCAGACAAAUUAGGAGAGAGUAAAUUAGAGUAAUUCUGGUAAAGUAACAUUGUGAAUGACACACUGUGGGGUGGGAGAGACCUUCUCCUUGAUCGGUUUCAUUUAUCCGUUCCUACUGCACUUUCCAUUUGCUAAGCAAUGCCGAUGUACACGUUAAAGGUCGGGAACACAGGAUAAACGAACCAUGCACCAUGAGCACACCUGUUCAAGCCGCCGUCUCCUAUAAAAUACUCACGUUUUAUCAUCAACGAUUUAUUUGAAACACGAUGUCGUUGUUGCGCAGUCUCGUCGUUCUGCAAUUAUUCGCGAUGAAUAUUUCUUCCAUCACCGGUUUUCGCAAAGGAAAAAAGCAUCCGGAUAUGGAACUUAUGGGACCAGACCUUAUACGAAAACACGGUUACCCGAUGGAAACUCAUAAAGUCAUUACGGAGGAUGGGUACAUUUUAGAGAUUCAUCGCAUUCCCUAUGGACGAAAUAAUAAGACAAUCUCGAGGAGGCCGCCGAUUUUGGUGCAGCACGGCUUGGCCGGAAGUUCCGCGGAUUGGAUCCUCUUAGGACCAUCUAACUCGUUAGGGUACUUAUUGGCAGAUGCGGGAUACGAUGUAUGGCUCGGGAACAACAGAGGCAACGUUUAUUCGAAGAACCAUAGGACGCUCAUUUCGACCGAUCGCCGUUUUUGGGAUUUCAGCUACCACGAGCUCGGCAUUUGCGAUCUUCCCGCCACGAUCGAUUACAUACUCGGUCGGACUAAACGUGAAAGAGUUUUUUACAUCGGCCACUCGCAGGGCACAACUCAAUUUUGGGUAAUGAUGUCGCAAAGGCCGGAGUACAAUGAGAAAAUCGCUUUAAUGGUCGGCCUUGCUCCUGUCUCUUUUACCGGGAAUAUGCGCGGGCCGAUUACAAAACUGGCUAAAUUAACAUACAUGGGCGUGAGGAUUGGUGAGAAAUUCGGAUAUCCAGAAAUGCGUACACGUUCCAGCUGGGAGAAGUUCGUGGCGAAUCUGUUUUGCAAAGAGCAAGUGCAAUCGAUCACACCGUUUUUCUGCAGUAAUGUUCUGUUUUUUGUGGCCGGUUUUAGUCAGUUGGACUUGAGCGCGGAGAAUCUGACGGUAAUUACUGGCCACAUACCAGCGGGAGCUUCUUGGAAACAAGCAGUUCAUUUCGGUCAGGGAUAUAUACGGAAAGACCACUUUGCACAGUUCGAUUACGAUAGUAAAGAGAAGAAUUAUCGACUGUAUAAUUCUUCGGUACCGCCAGAGUAUGAUUUGAGCAAAGUCGCUGCUCCAAUCGCACUUUUCAGUAGUGAUCAUGAUCUAUUAGCGACGCCAAAGUGUUCCAUGAAGAAUUAUCUACUCCAACCUUUAAUCAUUAUGAUUUUCUAUGGGGAAAAUCUUCCGUGAAAUUCAUAUAUGAGCCUAUAUUAAAAUUAUUGACAGUUUAUAAGUGAAGUCGUACUUAACAAGAGAGUGAAGUGAAUGCGAUAUAAUCAUAAUAAACAGAAUUAAAUAAAAUGAUAAGUAACGAGUUUUUGUUAAAGAACUGUUGUAUAUGGGUGUAAAGUUAUAUUCGUGCAGUCUUUAAGAAUUCACAUUUUCUAAAUUUUUUUUAAAUAUUUUAUUAUAAAUAAAACGCACUACACAAAGUU